GUCAUUGAUUGGCAGACAUUGCUCGCGACACAACACUCCCUGCAAUGGCCUCGGCGUCCGGUCCCUACAACUACUCCUACAUCUUCAAGUACAUCAUCAUCGGCGACAUGGGCGUCGGCAAGAGCUGUCUGCUCCACCAGUUCACCGAGAAGAAGUUUAUGGCCGACUGUCCGCACACAAUCGGCGUCGAGUUCGGCACGCGCAUCAUCGAGGUGUGCGGCCAGAAGAUCAAACUGCAGAUCUGGGACACGGCCGGACAGGAACGCUUCCGAGCCGUGACGCGCUCUUACUACAGGGGCGCCGCGGGCGCGCUCAUGGUCUACGACAUGACGCGGCGCUCCACCUACAACCACCUGAGCUCGUGGCUGACGGACGCGCGCAACCUGACCAACCCCAACACGGUCAUCUUCCUCAUCGGCAACAAGUGCGAUCUGGACGCCCAGCGCGACGUCACGUACGACGAGGCGAAGGCGUUCGCCGACGAGAACGGACUCACGUUCCUCGAGACGAGCGCCAAGACGGGCGACGGCGUGGAGGAGGCGUUCUUGGAAACCGCGAAACGCAUCUUCCAGAACAUCCAGGACGGCUCGGAGCUGGACUUGCGGCGGCUCAGCCCGCAGGUCGUGUUCGGGUUGGGGCACGACAGCCGCGUCCGCGAGUCGCGGCCUUCUCUCCCGCCGGCGCUGCCGCCUCCGCGCACAGUCACAAUUAACAAAUUUUUUAUUUGUGAUUAA